GGAGAAAUGGAGCAGAAUCAGCUGGACCGAGAAACCUUCUCCUGUUCGAUCUGUCUGAGUCUAUUGAAGGAUCCAGUGACUACUUCCUGUGGACACAGCUACUGUAUUAAGUGUAUUAAAGCACACUGGGAUGGAGAGGAUCAGAGAGGAAUCCACAGCUGCCAUCAGUGCAAGGAGACAUUCAUACUGAGGCCUGCUCUGAAGAAAAACACCAUGUUAGCAGCUUUAGUGGAGCAGCUGAAGAAGACUGGACUCCAAGCUGCGCCUGCUGAUCUCUGGUAUGCUGAACCUGAAGAUGUGGCCUGUGAUGUCUGCAGUGGAAGAAAACUGAAAGCCAUCAAGUCCUGUUUAGCCUGUCCGGCCUCUUACUGUGAGGAGCACCUUCAGCCUCAUUAUGAUUCAGCUCCUUUAAAGAAACACAAGCUGGUGGAGCCCUCCAGGAACCUCCAGGAGAACAUCUGCUCUCAUCAUGAUGAGGUGAUGAAGAUGUUCUGUUGUACUGAUCAGAAGUGUAUUUGUUAUCUCUGCUCUGAAGAUGAACAUAAAGGCCACAACACAGUCCCAGCUGCAGCAGAAAGGACUAAGAGGCAGAGAGAGCUGGAGGUGAGACAAGAAAACAUCCAGCAGAGAAUCCAGGACAGAGAGAAAGAUGUGAAGCUGCUUCAACAGGAGCUGGAGGCCAUCAACCGCUCUGCUGUUAAAACAGUGGAGGACAGUGAGAAGGUCUUCAGGGAGCUAAUCCGUCUCAUCCAGAAAAGAAGAUCUGAGGUGAAGCAGCAGAUCAGAUCCCAGCAGGAAACUGAAGGGAGUCGAGUCAAAGAGCUUCAGGAGAAGCUGGAGCAGGAGAUCACUGAGCUGAAGAGGAAAGACGCUGAGCUGAAGCAGCUCUCAGACACAGAGGAUCACAACCAGUUUCUCCACAACUACCCCUCACUGUCAGCACUCGGUGAGUCUACCCACUCAUCCAGCAUCAAGACCCGUCCUCUGAGCUACUUUGAGGAUGUGGCAGCAGCUGUGAUGGAGCUCAGAGAUCAACUACAGGACAUCCUGAGAGACGCAUGGACAAACAUCUCAGUGAGACACACUGAGGUGGAUGUUUUACUGUCAGAACCAGAACCAAAGACUGGAGCAGGAUUUUUAAAAUAUUCAUGUGAAAUCACACUGGAUCCAAACACAGCAAACAGUUAUCUGGCACUAUCAGAGGGGAACAAGAAAGUGACAAAGAUGAAACGACCUCAGUCUUAUUCCAGUCACCCAGAUAGAUUCACUGAUUGUCUCCAGGUUCUGGGUAGAGAGAGUCUGACUGAACGUUGUUACUGGGAGGUGGAGUGGAGAGGGGAAAUUUUUGUAGCAGUCACAUACCAGAAUAUCAGCAGAUUAGGAAGUGCAGAUGAAUGUAGAUUUGGAUAUAAUAACAAAUCUUGGACAUUAGAUUGUUUCCAAAAUAGAUUUGGUCACAACAAUAUCUGGACCUCCAUCUCAGACCCAGUUUCAUCCAGAGUAGGAGUGUACCUGGAUCCCAGAGCAGGUAUUCUGUCCUUCUACAGCAUCUCUAAAACCAUGACUCUCCUCCACAGAGUCCAGACCACCUUCACUCAGCCGCUACACGCUGGACUUUGGGUUCUUGGUUCUGCUGAGUUUUGUAAACCGAAAUAGAAGGUUCAGUUUGUUUAAUUCAGAUUUUUAAAUCUCCGGCAGUUUUUUUCUUGAUUAUUGUUGCUUUACGUCUAAACUGCACAAAAAUCAAUAGUCAGAGAUUGUUAGAACCUUUUCCUCAUAUAUGUUCUUGUUCUGUUGAAUUUGUUAAUUUUUCAAUAUUUUUGUCUAAGCAGUCGAUCAGCACCAGAAUAGUUGCUUUUCCCUACUUACUGUUUAUAGCAGCGGACUUUGAACUCAUAAAAUGUCAAAUAAUGGAUAACUGGUACCAGUUUGUUGGCCGGGUUCUGGUUUGGAUUCAGGUAUCAAUUAAUGUAUCAAUAAUCUUUAUAUUUAUUGCUUAGUGUGGGGUCUUGUCAACACUGAUUGCAUGUUUUCAAUUUAAAAACUGUAUCUUUCUGUGCUUUUCAGUUUAAUGUGAUUGUUCUGCAAUAAAAGUAAAUUAAUUUUAA